AACAAUAUUUACAUUUAACAGCCAACUUCAUUUACAUUUUAAUGUGUUGUGUUCUAUUUACACCAGUUUUAAGUGUCAUUCGGAAUGUGUAAAUGUUUAUAGUGAUGCACCAUCAUAAUCGAUAUAAAUUCGAUGUUUAAAGCUCUUGUACCGUUAAUGAUAUGCAGAUAAUCUUGUGAACGUCGAAUUGGAUUCUUUAUAGUGUGUUAGUGGCAGUUUUUAUUUUUAGUAGUAGAGUAACAUCGUAUGCAAGUAGAUCGGCGCGUGGUGUAUGGAUUCGAAAAGUCGAUAAUUUGCAUCGAAAAUGCUGUUAAUUAGUGAUGUUCAUUACACGAAAGUGCCAUGAUUCAGUGGCUCUAAAGAUGUGCGGGCGUGUACGUGGCAAUCGUUUUCUUGUGUACGGUUUACGUUAAAAGUGAGAGCAAUGAGUGUUCCUAAUUUAAGCGCCGACCAGAUAACAGAGAUCGAAGCGGCGGAGGCGUGCAAAUGGCUGCGAGCUGCCGGAUUCCCUCAAUACGCGCAGAUGUACGAAGAUCUGCAGUUCCCGAUCGACAUAUCUGGUGUCCAGAACGACCAUCCGUUUCUCGACGCAGACUCCCUGCAGUCUCUCUUCCGGAGAUUAACCGCUCUCAACAGAUGCGCCAAUAUGAAACUGGAACACCAUCAUCAUCAGAAACGUUCCAACGAUUCUGACGACGAGCAAUGUGCUCUGAGCGAGCACUGGCAGUACGAGAGGAAGUCGAGGCGAUGGUCACGGGUAGUGGAAAUCACACCGCAAGCGCAGCGGCGGCUUCAGGUGAUAGCAGCUCGUGCUUUAGCGGAACGAGAAGCAAGAGAAGCUAGGGGAGAAGUAGAAGAUGACGAAGACGAGACCUUACCCACCAUCAGGGUAGGCCUUGUUGAUGCCGAUGGACACUACACAGAUGUGGAACCUGAUCUAUUAACCGUACCCGGUCAAACAAUGAUACAGUUACCAAGUGACAAAGAAGACGAAGAAGAUACGGGCACGAGGUUUAGACGAACAGGUUCAGAGAGACUUCGAGAUGGGGCGAAAGCCUUGCUAAGGAGAGUUGAAUCUCUUAAAACGCGGCGAAGAAAGCGGCAGAAUCGAACUGAAGUGAUAGUUUCUUCUCCCCACUUUUUAGAUGUACAACAAGACAGAUAUCCCGAUCUCAAUUACAUAGAUAUGACUCCUACAUCACCCACUCAAUUCCCAUUUCCUGAUUUUCAUAGUUCACCUACUCAUUCUCCCGCGAUUAGAACCCAACCCCCUUCUCCUAUGACUAUCAUGCCCCCGUCCCCCAUAGCACCUCUAGAACAGUCUUUUGUUCUCCAUCCACCUUUCGGUGACGAUAGUUCUAGUUACGCAUCUGAUGGAAGCAUGGGUUCAAGCAACAAGAGUUCUAAAUCGAAAUUAGGGAGAGCGAAAAGAAUCUUCCAUAGAGGGUUGAGGAGUGAUGAUUCGAGUGCACUGAGUGACUCAGAAUGCCAGCCGGCUAGUUGGAGACACAAUUACUAUAAGGAGCUCAAUGCUCAUCAUCAUAAUACAGAAGUAUAUGUGGAGCCUCCAUCACCGGUGGAUCUGAAGCCGGACCCGGCAGUACUACGUGAGGUGCAGCAGUCUCCCGCCCACACGCCGCACCGCCGCCAGGCCAUUAGAACCAGCUCGCUCAACUUGGGCAAGGAGGCACAUAAAUUUCGCGAUAGGAGUCUCAAAAGAGAUAAAUCUGCUUCAAGAAGUUCAGAGCUGGACAGUAGCCCCAACUCCGCAGGUUCCAGGUCACACGACGGUGAUCAAGAUGACGAUGAUGACAGUCUGGAUCUGAAGACGAAAAAAAAUAACAUACAAAGGUGGUAUUCGUUCAGAACGAGUACUCUCAAUGGAGGUCCUAAGGCAAACAAUACUCUUCAGCCAGCAACAAAUCUGAAAGAUCCAGAAACAUACCUUUCGCGACCUAUGUCUUCACUCUCUUGCGGACAGCUGCACAUUCUGAGAAAGUUAGCGCUACUGCGUCUGACCGCCUGUAUGGAGCGGUAUUGCCCUUCGCACAAAUCUGGUUGGAACUGGGAACUGCCCAAGUUGAUAAGAAAAAUCAAGACGCCUGAUUAUAAAGACAAAACUGUGUUCGGAGUACCGCUAACUGUGUCACUGCAAAGGACGGGUCAUUCGUUGCCAAAGCCUAUCCAGUGUGCACUCAAUUGGCUCAAAACGAAUGCGUUGGAUCAGAUGGGUAUAUUCCGCAAAGCAGGCGUGAAGUCGCGGAUAGCCAAGUUGCGUGCUAUGGUGGAGGCGGCGGGGGCAGCCAAUGCUGCAUUUGCUAGUGAGAAUAUUAACGUAGAAAGGUGUAGCCUGAAUUUCGACGGUGCCCAGGCGCACGAUGUCGCCGACUUGGUCAAGCAGUACUUCAGAGAGCUACCCGACGCGCUCCUCACAAAUAAACUCAGCGAGACAUUCAUCGCGAUAUUCCAACAUGUCCCCGAGCCAUUAAGGCCGGACGCUGUGCAGUGCGCGUUACUGCUGUUACCAGAAGAACAUUUGGAAGCUUUGCACUCUCUUUUAAUAUUCCUUUCUGAGGUGGCGGAACAUUCAGCUGUGAAUCAAAUGACAGCAUCAAACUUAGCGGUAUGCCUGGCGCCUACUUUACUCAGGCUGCAUCACGCGCCGCCCCACACCGGAAGCACUAAGGAAGGAAAUUCAAACAGGAUGAUAAUCGAGAGCGUGGCGGACCAGCGUCAGAUCAGCGAGAGCCGUGCGGCGCACGCAUGCCUGCUUCUUCUGAUCGCGCGUCACCAUCAGCUAUUCCUGGCACCUGCAGACAUGCUCGCUCGCUGCAAGUUUAACUACUUCGAGGAGAGCGUGCCGGUCGCAUUAGAAGAACUAGGAGCAGAUUUUAACCAAGACUGGAAAGGAUUUCAACAAGCCUGUAUCAAGGCAUUGCUCAAAGAAGCCAAAGAAAAGAGUAGAGGCUGGAUGUCGGUUUCGGGCGCGGCAGGCCACGUGGAGCUCUGCUGCAAGAAGGUGGGUGACGGGCACCCGCUGCGGCUUUGGCGCGCCACCACCGACGUCGAAGCGCCGCCGCAGGAGGUCAUGCAGAGAAUCCUCCGCGAGCGGCAUAUAUGGGAUGACACCUUGGUAAAAUGGCGAGUAGUUGAGAAGUUGGGAACCAAUGCUGAAGUGUUCCAGUACAUUACAGCUUCUAGCAUCAAUUUACCUCCGAGGGACUAUUGCGUAUUAAGGUCGUGGCAGCAGGGCGGUGGCAGUGGUGGCGGCGGAUGGUGCGCGGUGGCGGAGACGUCGGUGGCGCACGCAGGUGCAGUUCCGGGUGCGCCGAGUGUACCUGGUGCAACGGGCGCGGCAGGCGCGGUCAGCGUGGCGAGCGGCGCGCGCGGUGUCGUAUUGGCUUCACGUUACCUCGCCCAACCUGCAGGAAAAGGCCGCAGCAGGCUAGUGCAUCUCGCACGAGUCGAUACAAUGGGUCGCACACCCGAGUGGUACAACAAAUGCUACGGCCACAUCUGCGCAUUGUACCUGGCGAGGAUCAGGGCUUCCUUCAAGCACAACACAGAAGGUCCGGAGUCGAACGUAUGAUCCAAACAUUCCACUUAAGCUGUGUUUAUAUUACACCGCUUAAGUACGACGGAUAAACGUCAAAGUUUUUAUCUUGAAUGUCAACAUCGAUAUGUUGGAUAAUCACCAAAAUAAUCCACUAAUAUUCUUAAUGUA